AUGGCCUUCUCACGCAACUACAUGUCGCUAUUCUUUGCUUCUAUAGCUGCUACAACAGUGGCACAGAAUGUGUCAAAGGUAGAUCUAGGCUGGUACGCGCCUAAGAGGAGCUGGAUCAAUGACCUUGGUCGAGUGUUGAACAGCACAGGGACGAAUGGGUUCGUGUUCAAUAGCUCGCUAUUACCGGCUGGUGUCGAGUACGGAACGUACAAUUGGUGCAAUAUGCCGCAUGUGAGGAAACAGGAAUAUGUGAAGGUCGAUGAUGAGUUCGAGCUGCUGUACGUGGAGGUUAUCCAUCGCCAUCACAAGCGCACACCUUAUGCCUCUAAUACCUUUCUUAAAGAGGCUUAUUCCUGGGAUUGCAAUGAUCAGGGUCUCUUCUACUACGGCGAGCCUCUCAAUCCUGCUGGUAAUACUUCAGCGUCAACAUACUGGAGUGUCUAUACCAAUCCUGUCAAUCCCUUCGCUGUGACUGGUUUCAACGGAUCAUGCCAGUUUCCGCAAAUCACCCGUGAAGGCCUCGACGACUCUUUACAACAUGGCAAAGAUCUCUUCGGCGUGUACCACGACAUGCUCGGCUUCCUCCCAGAGGCCAUCAACGAAAAGACAACAUGGCGCGUCUCAAACAACGUCAUCACCAGCCAAGUCGCCGGCAUGCUAAUCGAGGGCAUGUACAAUCCCAAAGAAAACAUACCACUACAUGUCCAACCCUCCACCAUCGACUCCCUAGCCCCCUCCUACUCGUGCCCAGCAGCCUCCUUCUUAUACAGUUCCUACGGCGUCGGCAGCAGCGCCUCAAACUGGACCGCACAUCUCACCGCAACAGCACCCCUCUUCACCGCUCUCGACUCCAUAAGCGGCGUACCGACUGAUUCCUCAGAAUGGCACAACUGGUUCGACCACUACUACGACAAUCUCUCUGCCCGUCAAUGCCACGCCAAACCCCUUCCCUGCAACAUCACAAACCCAACUCUUUGCGUCUCCCAACAACAAGCUGACACUGUUUAUCGGCUGGGUCAAUACGAGUACUCGUUCAUUUACCGAGAUUCUCCGCUUUCUUUACAGGCUGCUGCCGCUUCCUAUGGCGUGUUCAUGGCGGAGGUGGCAGAGAAUAUGCGGGCGGUGCUCGUGGGGAAAGACAAAGUUAUCUAUCGGCAUAAUGUUGCGCAUGAUGGGUCGCUGGCGCGUUUACUUAGUUUCUUGCAGGUUGAGCAGAUGGUUUGGGUGGCCCACGCAAAGGGCCACCUCCUCACCGGAACCUUCACACCCAGCGCCACGUCCUCAAGCCUAACCACAGCCCCACACUUCAACCACCCUUCCACACCGGUAACCGUGCGCUUCUCCUCCUCAACCGGCUUUCCCAAAAUCGCAGACACAGACCCCAAUGCCAACCCCCGCGGCAUCGCAAUUCGAUUUCACCUGCCCCCCAAAGAAGACGGAAGACGCCAACACACGGAUAUCAUUGCGCACUCGACGCCAUACUUCCCCACACGUACCGGCGCGGAAUUCCUGGAGUUUCUGAAAGCGGCAACAGGGCAGCAUGCGGAGGAGGCAGUCCCCGAGUUUCUUGGCCGCCACCCAGAGACGGCAAGGUUCUUACAGGCUGCGAAGCCUAGUCCGGAGAGUUUUGCGACGGAGAAGUUCUUUGGUGUGAAUGCGUUCAAGUUGAUCAAAGAGGGAAAGACGACAGUGGUGAGGUAUAGGAUUGUGCCAGUUGCUGGCGAGAAACAUCUUGAUGCCGAGGCGUUGAAGGGAAAGUCUGACUCCUACCUUUUCGAUGAGCUGGCUCCCCGUCUGCAGUCUGGGCCGAUUGGGUUCAAAUUGAUGGCUCAGGUUGCGGAGGAGGGAGAUGUGACGGAUAAUGCGACGGAGAUAUGGCCCGAGGAGAGGAAGAUUAUAGAGUUGGGUGAGAUUCAGGUUGAGAAGAUCAAAGGCGAUGAGGAGAGUGCGAAGGAGCAGAAGAGUAUCAUCUUCGAUCCUAUUCCGCGAGUUGAGGGUGUGGAGCCGAGUGAUGAUCCAUUGUUAGAGGUGCGCGCUAGUAUCUACCUGAUAUCUGGGAAGCAAAGAAGGGCAGCGGAGGAGCCGGCUAAGGCUGAUGGUGUAGCUGCUACGGAAGCUGCAGUGGCUGCAACGUGA